AUGGCGGCGGGCAGCCGGUGGCUCCGGAGCUGCUGCUCCCUGCUCAGACGAACCUUCCCUGCUGUGGCCAGUGUCAGGAGGCGCUGCCUCGCAGGUGUGAGCGGACGAUGGCACCAAAUCGUGGGAGUGGGGCUGGGGGUGUCCUUGUGUGCUGUCCCCAUUGCAGAGCAGCAGAAUGUGGUUUCUCUCAGCAAUGAUGCCUUGAUUAAAAGAGCAGUUUCCUUGGUCACAGACAGCACUUCUACACUCCUCUCUCAAACAACAUACGCGCUGAUUGAAGCAUUGACAGAGUAUACAAAGGCAGUUUAUACACUGGUGUCUCUCUACAAGCAAUAUGCAAACCUUCUUGGGAAGAUGAAUUCAGAAGAGGUGGAUGCAGUUUGGCAGGUGGUGAUAGGAGCCAGAGUUGAUGUGAGAACAAAGCAGGAGGAAUACCUAAGGCUGGAAUCUAGCUGGAUGACAGCGUUACGUCUUUCAGAGAUGGCAGCAGAAGCUGCUUAUCAGUCAGGUGCAGACCAAGCCUCAGUGUCAGCCCGCAGCCACAUUCAGCUGGUGAAAUCACAGGUACAAGAAGUGCGACUGCUGUCCCAGAAAGCAGAGACCAAAUUAGCUGAAGCUCAAACAGAAGAGCUCAUCAAAGCUCAAGGAGAGGAUUCUUCAUUGCCAGAGGGCAUUUUAGGAAGCUCAGAGGCAGGUGAUGACCCUUACCUGCGGGAGGACUGAAAAGAAUUCAGAUGUCACCUGGGAACAUGUGAGAGUCAGUCACAGAUGGAAGGGUCCUGAACUUUUCAGUGUGGGAUAGUGGGAAACUGCUGAAAUAAGCCUGUGAUUCCAUUUUUCAAACAGGAUUGCUUUACAAAUCAGGUCAGUUCCAAAUAUCUGAAAGGUCUCGAUCUUGUUUGUAAGCUUACCAUGUUUGUAACACUCAUGGAUUCAGUUAUUUAAAUGUUUAACUAUGCAAAUGUGAAGAUUGCUAUCAUGGAUAGCUGGUUGUUAAUAGUCUCUCUGCUGGGAGGGUCUUACCACUCAUGAUAUGUUUGUGACAGCUCUCUUAACUUAGAGGCUAGCUGGGUAUCAGCCAAAGAUGUAUUUAAAAGUCACUAUUUUUAACUUGUGAAUGAUGUCUGUUAGGAGGUACCUUUAUUAAACUGUGCAAAAGCA